CGCCCACACAGGUACUAAAACUUCCUGAACCUGGAGCUGUGGGCCGUGCGUGGUGGAUAAGCUUGAUCUCGUCUUCCCUGAAGUCUGGUUCCUUGGCAGGAUGAUGGUGACCCUCGUGACCCGUAAAGAUAUCCCCCCGUGGGUGAAAGUUCCUGAAGACCUGAAAGAUCCAGAAGUAUUCCAGGUCCAGUCGCUGGUGCUGAAAUAUCUGUUUGGCCCACAGGGAUCUCGAAUGUCUCACAUCGAGCAGGUGAGCCAGGCCAUGUUUGAGCUGAAGAACCUGGAAUCUCCCGAAGAACUUAUCGAGGUCUUCAUUUACGGCUCUCAAAACAACAAGAUUCGGGCUAAAUGGAUGCUUCAGUCCAUGGCUGAGAGGUACCACCUGCGCCAGCAAAAAGGAGUGCUGAAGCUGGAGGAAUCCAUGAAGACCCUGGAGCUAGGCCAGUGUAUCGAGUGAAGCCAGUUUCCAGUCCUUGUGUCUCCGACCUGGAUGCAGGUUAAGCUGUGGCCAGUGUUUGGUUCUGGCGGGAUUUUUAGCUUUGUUACAUCCUAGCAAGAUAUUCCUGGAUCCCUGCUGCGCAUUCUGAUGUGAAUCCCAAGGUUACCACUCUAAAUAAAAAAUAAAAUUGAAGUGAUUAAAA